AUGCUGCCGCAGAAUGUCUCGAAAGUAGAAUUUUCUAAUUGCGUAGCUCUUGCAGUGUUCUGUGAAGUGCAUGGGCCAGCUUUAGUAUGCUGCACACACACUGUCCGAGGUCAAGAAGCAGGCAAACAAGCUAUCGAUGAAAGACCUCCUUUAACAUCACCUGUGGACGCGGAAUCUUCGGUGACGGUUUGUUCUGGGUGCUCGAUAGGCUUCCCGCCCAUACAAGUUGUGAACGGCGAAACACAAGCUAUCCUCACAGGAACCAACCAGGGAUAUGUGUCGUGGGAUACCGACGCGGAUGAAGACGUCGCGCAUGUUUCCGGAAGGUUUCCUUACUAUCCUGAGCUGUAUUCUAGCGUCCGCCAGGCCUGCGUGCAAAGUUUGAGUUGCGAGUUUUGUCCAGGUCGCGAAGGCCCUAUCCUCUUCGGGGAUGACACAACUGGAUGUGCGCUAAGCUACAUGUUCAAAGUGCGAGAUACUCAAGCACGUGGCUUUCAGAGAUGGUAUACGUUUCUCUUCAUCAGCAAAGACCGCCACUUUCUAGUGGCGUCUUGGCCUUUCCUCGUCAGCAAGUUCCGCUCGUUAUCGGGAGAAUUGCAAACGAAGGCGGAAGCGCUUUUUGCAGCGGAGAGGGCAGCUUUAGAAGGCACUGAAGGCUUCUUACAUCGCCAGCACUCCUUCGGUGUUUCCUCUCCAGAACACUUCCUGCGUAGACGAGGUAAUCAGGCGCUCCGGUCACUAUCGGAGCUGGUCGAUUUGCCGGACCUUUCUUUUAGGUUGCACAGCGUAUUCUCCUGGAGUUUACAGGCCUUCGCACGCAGAGUACACGAAUUACAUGCCGAGGGUCGAAUCAUGACUGGAACCUUCACGGAGGAUCUUUGUGAUCCGGAUAAUAAUUCUACAAACGCUAAUGAAACACUCACUGGCAGUACGAACCCGAACACGCAACCCAGCAAAUAUGUAGACCAAUAUUCUCAAUUGGAAACUUGGUUCGGGGUGGACAAUUGUACUCGUCUACUUUUCCACGUCGUCGUGGGAGACCAAAUAAUUGUAAAGAGCCAAAGCAAAGAUCUUGUUGCUUCUCUGCUCCGUUACUUUAAGCAAUUUAUCCCAUCUUUUUGUUGCUCCAUGAUGGAGUAUAGCAUGGAAUACGUGGAACCUUUUCACUGUAAUCUGCUUGGGAUGGCGCCAGGAUCGUUAAUACCAUUGGAAUCUGACCUUAGUCACAUUGUUCUUCUAGAUAUUCAUGAUCCACUGAUGCCGAUUGAAGGGCCUCAUAUGACCUUGCCUUACAAUAUAGUAUUUCCUGAAGGCGGUGAUGAUGAAGGAGGCCGUUGUACGUUGGUGCGCGAGCUACGGAAGAUAUUGAAGUUACAUCUUUCUGAGGAUGCCCUAAAGCUUCAUUUGACGUUUUUGAGAGAAAGCUGGCUAAACAAAGCAAAGCUAUUCUACAAAUUUGUAAAAUCUGGAGGAGCUGAAAACCAUACUCGGCUUCAAGAGUUCCUUCGUAGUAUACGAGCCGUGGAGUCUGAUCUGCCAGUGCUCCGUUUUUGGACUAAAGGCUUGGGCAAUGAUAGUCGACGCAAAAUGCUGCACGAAUAA